CUUUCCCUUUUCUCAAUGGGGUCUUUUCGGUAUCUUAUAGUUACUGAUGCCCAAUUUAUCAGCCUUUUCCUUUAGGACUGGCACUUUUUGUGUUCUGCUAAAACGUUAUUUUCCUCUCUCAUGGUUAUGAUAUUCUGCGAUUUUAUUGUCUAGAGCUGUACUGUUCACAUUCAGGUCUACCAUCCAUCUAGAAAUAUUUUACUUGAGAUAGGAGUCAAAGUUCAUUUUCCCCCAAUCCACAUUCAAUUGACGUAGCACUAUAUAUUGAACAAAACUUUCCUUAUUGCAUUACCGUGGCUACUUGUAGGAGGAAAAAGUGACGACAUAGCUGCGGGUCUGUUUCUGGCCUCUCUCUUUUUCAUUCAUUGUUUUUACCUUUGUACCAGUUAUUACACUGUUCUGAUUACUGUGGCAUUAUAAUCAUCUUGAUAACUGUAUCGUGAAUUCUCCAACUAUGUUCUUCGCCGAAAGUCCACGGAACACCAACCACGACCUUCGGAAUUUCCCUCCGGAAGAUGAAGGCACUGUAGUUACGCAGGUGGACCCUGUUCAGAUCUCUGGUCUAGCGGGUCCUACGUACACCUUGAGGGACGCCCGCCCAACGCGCAUGCGCAGCCUCAACGCUGGGAUUGGACGGAGCCUCGCCGGCUGCGUACACGUCACUUCCGAGGCGGGAGGAUGGAUUGACUAUGGUCUCUCCGGCAACCAGGAAGAAUCUGCCAAAGGCGAGGGCCAUGGACUUCAUCACCUCCACAGCCAUCCUGCCCCUGCUGUUCGGCUGCCUGGGCGUCUUCGGCCUCUUCCGGCUGCUGCAGUGGGUGCGCGGGAAGGCCUACCUGCGGAAUGCUGUGGUGGUGAUCACAGGCGCCACCUCCGGGCUGGGCAAAGAAUGUGCCAAAGUCUUCUAUGCUGCUGGUGCUAAGCUGGUGCUCUGUGGCCGGAAUGGUGGGGCCCUCGAAGAGCUCAUCAGAGAACUCACCGCUUCUCAUGCCACCAAGGUGCAGACACACAAGCCUUACUUGGUGACCUUCGACCUCACAGACCCUGGGGCCGUAGUUGCAGCAGCAGCUGAGAUCCUGCAGUGCUUUGGCUAUGUGGACAUACUUGUCAACAAUGCUGGGAUCAGCUACCGUGGUACCAUCAUGGACACCACAGUGGAUGUGGACAAGAGGGUCAUGGAGACAAACUACUUUGGCCCAGUUGCUCUAACGAAAGCACUCCUGCCCUCCAUGAUCAAGAGGAGGCAAGGCCACAUUGUCGCCAUCAGCAGCAUCCAGGGCAAGAUCAGCAUUCCUUUUCGAUCAGCCUACGCAGCCUCCAAACAUGCAACCCAGGCUUUCUUUGACUGUCUGCGCGCCGAGAUGGAACAGUAUGAAAUUGAGGUGACCGUCAUCAGCCCGGGCUACAUCCACACCAACCUCUCUGUCAAUGCCAUCACCGCGGAUGGAUCUAGGUAUGGAGUUAUGGAUACCACCACAGCCCAGGGCCGAAGCCCCGUGGAGGUGGCCCACGAUGUUCUUGCUGCUGUGGGGAAGAAGAAGAAAGAUGUGAUCCUGGCUGACUUACUGCCUUCCUUGGCCAUUUAUCUUCGAACUCUGGCUCCUGGGCUCUUCUUCAGCCUCAUGGCCUCCAGGGCCAGAAAAGAGCGGAAAUCCAAGAACUGCUAGUACUCCAACCAGCCAGAGCCAGGGCAGAGAAGCAGCGCUCUUAGGCUUGGUUCCUCUACAAGGGACAGUUGUAUUUGUUGAGACUUUAAUGGCGAUUUGUCUCACAAAUGGGAAAGAUUGAAGAAACACGUCUCACGCAGAUCUGCUGGCAGAGGAAGAGAACCAAAAACGGCAGCAAGCUUCUUCCCAGGGUGAGGGGAAACACUUCAGGAGUAAACGUGGAGCUGGGGUUUAACCCUAAAACUAAGAAAUAAACAUCUCAAACAGUAA